AUGGCUUCUGCUCCUGCCGUUGUGCCGCGCAUUAAACUGGGGUCGCAGGGGAUGGACGUCUCGGCGCAGGGCCUCGGCUGCAUGGGCAUGUCCGCCUACUACGGCGCGCCCAAGCCCGAGCCUGACAUGAUCGCGCUCAUUCACCACGCCGUCGCCACCGGCGUCACGCUGUUCGACACCUCCGACAUCUACGGGCCGCACACCAACGAGAUCCUCCUCGGCAAGGCGUUGCAAGGCGGCUUGAGGGAGAAGGUGGAGCUGGCCACCAAGUUCGGCAUCGCGUCCGUCGACGGUGAUCGGCAGAUCCGCGGGGACCCGGAGUACGUGCGGGCCGCAUGCGAGGGCAGCCUCGCCCGGCUUGGCGUCGAUUGCAUCGACCUCUACUACCAGCACCGUAUUGACAACAAUGUCCCCAUCGAGAUCACGAUGGGUGAAGUGAAGAAGCUAGUCGAAGAAGGAAAGGUUAAAUACGUCGGAUUAUCCGAAGCCUCCGCGUCGACGAUCAGAAGGGCGCACGCAGUUCAUCCGAUCACCGCCGUCCAGCUGGAGUGGUCCCUCUGGUCCAGAGACGUUGAGAAGGAUAUAAUUCCGACUUGCAGAGAACUCGGCAUAGGAAUUGUGGCGUACAGUCCAUUGGGCAGAGGUUUUCUAUCCGGUGGAGCAAAAGUUGUGGAUACAUUAUCGGAUGACGAUUUCCGCAAGAGUCUUCCAAGAUUUCAACCUGAGAACAUGGAGAAGAACGCCGCCAUAUUCGAGCGCGUGAGCGAGAUGGCUGCGAGGAAAGGAUGCACGCCGUCGCAGCUCGCGCUGGCCUGGGUUCACCACCAAGGAAGCGACGUGUGCCCCAUACCUGGCACGACAAAGAUUGAGAAUUUCAACCAGAACGUGGGAGCCUUGUCCGUGAAGCUCUCGCCCGAGGAGAUGGCAGAGCUCGAGUCUUAUGCCUCCAUGGAUGCUAUCCAGGGUGAUCGGUACCACGAAUUCCUCAACACAUGGAAGGACUCCGAGACCCCUCCACUGUCAUCCUGGAAAGCGACCUAGAUAUUUCUCAUGGGAUUUGCUAUGAUGAUGUUCGAUCGUGUCACUGC